AUGGCGUUUAAGCUUGUGACGGGUGAUCUCAUCCGUCUUGUGGAGACUCCGCACGAGAAAAUAGGCGAACAACUCGAAAGUGUGGGUUGGCUUGAAGGCGUUGCUGCUGCUCUACAAGUAGAUCUUCGUCAAGGACUGGACGCCAACAAUGCUGAUGAUCUACGCAGACGCGAGGAAUCCUUCGGCAAGAAUUACAUUCCUCCGCCCAAAGCUAAGAGUUUUUUGGAGCUCAUGUGGGAUGCAUUCCAGGACGUCACUAUCAUCAUUUUGACAAUCUCGGGCAUCUUCUCGAUCGUCCUGUCCUCCACCGUAGGUGACCACAAAGAAACCGGGUGGGUUGAAGGCGCUUGUAUUAUCUUGGCUGUCGUAGUGGUCACUCUGGUGACGGCGGUAAACGACUACCAAAAAGAACAGCAGUUCCGUUCUCUCAACGCUGUAAAAGAGGAUGAAAAGAUUAAAGUCAUUCGCAAUGGAGCACCCGCAGAGGUGAGCAAGUGGAACCUGCUGGUAGGUGACAUCGUGCGUGUGGAUCUUGGUGAUAUAAUUCCAGCGGAUGGCAUGGUGUUCGACGAGAAGGAGCUCAAAAUGGACGAAAGUGCCAUGACUGGAGAGUCCGAUUUACUAACCAAGAACCACGAGAACCCAUUCUUAUUGUCGGGUACCAAGGUCAUGGAGGGGCUGGGUAAAAUGCUAGUAGUGUGUGUUGGUGAGAACUCACAAGCCGGUGUCAUUAGGAGCUUGAUCAACGGAGCACGAGGGAAGAAGAAGCCGAAAGAUGACGAUAAGAACAGUGCGGAUGGGAGCCAGGACACCGACGAGAUCUACGUGGAAAUCGACACGCCAAAGGUGCCAGCUAAGGAAGACCGAGACGAAUUUGAUGGUGCCGAGGACUCGCAGUCUCCACUGGAGGGCAAGCUGUAUAACCUCACCAUUUUGAUCGGUAAACUCGGCACGGUUGUUGCACUGCUGGUGUUUGUUAUCAUGUCGAUCCGCUUCUCGAUCGACAAGUUCGCAGUCGACGACGUGCCCUGGAAGAAUAGUUACAUCAGCGACUAUCUCAACUUCUUCAUCAUCUCCAUCACGGUACUGGUUGUCGCCAUCCCAGAAGGUCUUCCUCUUGCCGUGACGAUCGCUCUAGCGUACUCUGUGAAGAAGAUGCUGGUUGACAAUAAUCUCGUCCGACAUCUCGACGCCUGUGAGACCAUGGGGAGCGCCACAACGAUCUGCUCAGACAAGACUGGAACACUGACGACGAACCGCAUGACUGUCAUGAAGAUCUGGAUCGGAGACGAAGAGUUCUCGUCCGCGAGUGAGGGUAUUGGAGCUCUUACUGACGAGACGAAGGAGGCACUUUGCCGCGGAAUCGCGAUCAACUCGACUGCCGAGAUCUUGCCACCAAAAGUAGAGAAUGGACUUCCUGAACACACAGGCAACAAGACGGAGUGUGCCUUACUCCAGUACAUUCGAGACGGUGGUGUCGAGUACGACGAGAUCCGAGCUAACAACGAGAUCGUCCACAUGCUGACAUUUAGCAGUGCCAAAAAGCGCAUGUCCGUCGUGGUUCGACGUGGAGACUCCAAGUGUCGAGUGUACACCAAAGGCGCGACUGAAGUUGUUCUGGGACUGUGUAAGCAGAUGCAGCGCACGAACGGGAUGACUGAAGCUCUGAGUGGCGCUAGGAAGAGCGAGAUUGGCGCAAAUGUGAUCGAGAAAUACGCGUCUCAAGGAUACCGCACGCUGUGUCUUUCGUACCGAGACCUAGACGUUCCAGCUGAGGAGGUGAACAACUGGGUUGAUGAAGAUGUGGAGAAGGACUUGACUUGCGUUGCCAUUGUUGGUAUCGAAGAUCCUGUAAGACCGGAAGUACCUGGAGCGAUUCAGCACUGCAAACGCGCAGGAAUCACCGUUCGUAUGGUGACGGGAGACAACAUUACCACUGCGCGCUCCAUCGCUGGUAAGUGUGGCAUUAUCUCGCAAGGCGAUGGAUCUCUCGUCAUGGACGGACAGACAUUCCGCUCGAGAGUUCUGGACGCUAAUGGUAACAUCAUUCAGGCGGAAUUCGACCAGAUCUGGCCCAUGCUUCGCGUUCUUGCGCGUUCGUCUCCAAAGGACAAGUACACUCUCGUAACAGGCUUGAUGCAAAGCAGUUUGAUGCCUCACGGCCCUCAAGUUGUAGCUGUGACUGGCGACGGCACGAACGAUGCUCCAGCACUGAAGAAAGCCAACGUUGGCUUCGCCAUGGGCAUCAGCGGCACUGCUGUGUCUAAGGACGCGUCGGAUAUUAUCCUCAUGGACGACAACUUUAACUCGAUCGUGAACGCCAUCAAGUGGGGCCGCAACGUCUAUGACUCGAUCUCCAAGUUCCUGCAGUUCCAGCUGACAGUCAACGUGGUCGCCAUCAUGCUCGCGUUCAUCGGCGCUGUGGUCUUGGAGCAGUCUCCUCUCUCCGCUGUCCAGAUGCUAUGGGUCAACUUGAUCAUGGACUCGUUCGCGUCCCUCGCACUGGCAACCGAGGAACCUACUCCAGCCUUACUGGAGCGCAAGCCGUACCCAAAGACGCAGCCUUUGAUCUCCAAGAAGAUGACUAAGCACAUCCUCGGUCAGUCGAUCUUCCAGCUUGCUCUGCUCUUGGCUAUUGUCUUCAGUGGCGAGAAAUGGUUCAACCUUCCUUCCGGUCGCGUGAAUGACUUGGGAGAAGAGCACAAACACGACUCCACCAAGCACAUGACGAUCGUCUUCAACACCUUCGUGUGGAUGCAGCUGUUCAAUGAACUCAACUGCCGCAAGAUCCACGACGAGCUCAAUAUCUUCAAAGGUAUCACGAAGAACCGCGUGUUUCUCUACGUCUGCGUACUGCAAAUCGCCAUGCAGGUGGUCAUGGUGCAGCUCACGGGCGACUGGUUCAACUGCACGCCACUUGAAGUCAAUCAGUGGUUCGCCUGCAUCGGAAUGGGCUUCAUCUCUCUUCCGCUUGGACUUGUACUGCGCUCCAUUUCAACCAAGAACGCCCCGAGCUGGAUGGCGCUAUGUCGCGAGGUUGAUGUCGAACAGGUCCGGCAGGUGACGUCUGCACGGGGUCAGCAGCUGUGGCUAAGGAGUUUUGCUCUGAUCCGCGCUCAUAUCCGCGUGGUCAAGGCCUUCAAGAAGGGACUGGAAACCAAGGCUCUUCUCCAGGCGUAG